AUGGAUCUGAAGCGGCCGGGUGGAGGCGGAGGUGGAGGUGAUGUGAUGCUGGGCGCGGAGGACGAGAGCGGACAGCCCAUUUCGGCUUUAUCCAUCCUUUCCCUGCUGGAACGGGUCUCCACCAUCAUCGACAGCGUCCAGGCCAGCCAGCAGCGGAUGGAGGAGCGCCAGCAGCAGCUGGAGUCCAGCGUGAGCGCCGUGCAGUCCGACCUGCUCAAACUGGCUCAAGAUCACGGUUCGACCGCAACCACCGUCGACAAGCUGCUGCAGAAGGCCCGACGUGUGAGUGCACAUGUCAAAGAGGUUCGCUCACGUGUGGAGAAACAAAACGUUCGCGUGAAGAAAGUGGAGACCACGCAAGAUGAGCUCCUCACCAGGAACAAGUUUCGUGUUGUUAUCUACCAGGGUGAGACCGAGGUGCCAUCCGUGGCUGUGACUAAGACUCCAAAAGGGGCGGGGCUAGCAGGACUGGAGGUGGAGCCUGAUGAGUACGAUGUGCCCGCUGACCUCUCGUCUGAUGAAGAGUACAUGGUGGUGGAAGAGGCGGAGUCCUCCCGUGCCACACGACUCAAACAGUCAGGGUUAAAAGGCAUCGAGAACAUCAAAGCUGCGUUCUCCAAGGAGAGCAUGAGCAAGACGAGGGAGAAGACGCGUGAGAACUUGAGUAAGACAAAGGAGAGUCUGAGCAGAACCAGUCAUAACUUGGGCACCAAGAUCAACACUCUGGGAGAGAAGAUCGUGCCCCAGGAGCAACGAGAACGCAUCAAACAGAGCAGCGAACGCUUGAAGGAAAACAUCACGAAGAAGGCGCCAACAAAAGAAUCCUUCAGGAUCAAACUGAAGAAGGAACGCACUGUUGCCGAGGGACAGGAGGGGGCGGAGCCUGAGCCUGCUGUGACUCCACCUAAAGGGAAGAAGCCCAGCCCAGAAGUCACUUACACCGAAGUAGUUACUGAGAGCAAGAGGGAGGGGCCUGUCUCUGAAGAAGGAGCCACUCGGAUCCCGGAGUCAGAGUGA